AUAACACGGACCAAUCCGAAAUCAAGUAUAGUGGAAUCUUGCGUAAAAGUUAUAUUAUGUAGUCUAAUUAUUGUCAUAAUAAAAAAGUAUUAAAAAAUAUUUAUCACGUUACAAUUAAUGAAACUUUAUGUGAAAGAUUAGAGAAUAUAAUUUUCAUAUUGAUGUUUGGUUAGAAUUACAUUGAAGUCAGUUUGCCAUUGAUGAUCAUAACCAUAAUAUAUCUCUGUUAUAUUUUACGUAUAUGACGUUAUAUACGUACUGAAAUAUAUAAUUAUCUAAAUUUUUCUCUCGCGUGUCGGUCAAUUUUUCUUAUGUAUAUGCAUAUAAACAUGUAUAAGCACGUGUUUAAUGUUAACAUGCACAUUUAACGUUACCAAAAAGCACAAAUUAUAAAAAUUAAUGAACGAUGUUGAAUAUAUAAAAUAUUUCCAUUAUGGAAGACGUAAAUAUUUAUGAAAAGAUUAUUCCAGAAGAACUUAUUAAUACAUCGUGCUCAGAAAGUUAUGGGAACGAUACUGAAUUUGUGAUAUUGAACAAAUGUACAAAUGUGGAAGAUAACAUGGUAGUCGGAGAAGAAAUUGAAGUAAAUGAAAAUAUGGACUUACAACAAACAGUUCCUGAAGAUUGCAAUUAUCAAUUGAAAAAUAUACCAACAUCUGUUGAAGAGAAUAUUGAUACUUGCGAUAAAGAAAUAACAGAUUGUGCAGAAACUUGUUCUAUUAUUUCUUCUACAAGUUCUAAUAUUAAAGAAGAUUUAAGUCAAAUUAACGAUGAACAGUCUUCUACGCUACCAAAUGUGGUGAAGGAAGAUUCAACAAUUGACUAUUCUAGUAACACUGAUGACGAAUCUCAAGGUGAUGAUGAAACAAUAGCAACAUUUGUUACCGCAGCUGGUCAACAAUUAGCACUUUAUGCAGUUGAGGAUUCUGAGGAUAUUUUUGCUGUUUCUCUUUAUGAUGAAUCUGGUGAACCUCCAACAAAUUUUCAAUUUCUUAUGAAAGUAGAUGUUGAAAGAUUAAUAGGUGAAGGUGCUGUAAGAACAGUAAAAAAACCAUCGCAAAUAAAAAAACAUUUAUUGACUAUGCAAUCUUCAAUGCUGUUUUCAAAAGAAUGUCUACUAAAUCAUGAAGCAGAGAAUGAUAUUGAUAAAAGUAUAGUUCAAGAUAACUAUCAGAUAAAAGAACAUCAAUCUUCAUGGAUUAGAAACUCAUGUUUGUCAAAAGAAAUUGAUGCAAAACUUGAUGUUCCAAUAGAUAUGGACGCUAAGUCUGAAGAUUCGAAUGUGACAUAUGUAAUGAUGGAUAAUUGCACUGUGAAAUUAGCUGAUUCGUCUGUUGAUGAAAACGUAGAAAAUAAUCAGGAAAUGUUAGAACAAUCAACAGUACAAUAUAUUCUAUUUGAAGAUAAUGAAUCUGAUUCGGAAUUAACAUUUGAUGAAAUUCAAUCAACGCUUCAAAAUAUGAAGUCUGAACGACAAAUUUUUUCAAGGAAAUCACACAAGAAAACAAUAAGAGUAGAGGAUGAAUCGAAUAGAUUAGGAAUGUCUUGUUCUAAAACAAUUAUUUCUAAUGGCACAGAAUCAGAUACAGAUAGAUUAAAUACAAGUAAAGAAUCAGUAGAAUGUAGUAAAUCCGAAGCAAUACAUACGGAAUGCAAAGCGAAGAGAUCUCGUAAACAACAAUUAACUUCAGUAAACCGAGAAGAUUCUGAAAUAAUCAUACAACCAGCAUCUUUGUUAACUGAAAACGACAAGAGUACAAAAACAAGAGGUAAAAGAAGAAGAAUUACUUCACAAUCUGAAUAUCACCGAAAAAGAAAUAAUUCAAAAAGUUUGAUAAGAAUGAAGCAAAGAGAGAUUGAGAUUAUUAAUAUAGAUCUUGAUGAGGAAGAAAGCAUGUCACCUAUAAAAAAGAAUAUUGUUGAAAUAACUAUAGAUGAAAAUAAAGAUAAAUAUUCUAGUGACAAAGAAAAUGAUGUCAUAAUGGUAGGGGACUCUGAAGAUGAAGCAAAAGAAAAUGUUUCUAAACUUACAGGAACUCUUUUGCAAUGUGAAUUUUGCUCGAGACGAUUCAGACAAAAAAGAGCUUUGGAUACUCAUUCUCGAGUCUGUUCUAAAUCAUCAUCUGAUGUAAUUAAAUUAGAUCCUCAAAAACUUAAUCAUGUAAAUAAUGUUGAUAAAAAAAAAGACAUAAAACUGUAUGCAUGUAAAAUAUGUCAAGAAAAAUUCGAAGUCGUUGUUGCUUUAGCCCGCCACGUGCGAUUAGAACACUCGCAAAGGAAAAAACGUAUAUCUAGUAAAUCUUCAGGUGAACCAGAUUCUGAGGAAUCAUAUUCUAUGGAUAUAACUAAAGAAAAUGUUAGGAUACAUAAAAGAACAAAAAGAAAAAAAGAUCAAAGUAUGAAUUAUUCCUGGGAAACUAAGAAAUUAUGUUGCAAGGAUUGUGGAAGAUGGUUUUCAAGUGCAGCUUCGUUAAGUGCGCAUUAUCUACAACAUGAUACAAAGAGACCAGAAAAGCAAAUUCGAAGAUGUCAAAUUUGUAAGAAGCUAAUAAAAUCAAGAAUGCUUUUUAUACGUCAUUUGAAAAUGCAUAGUAAUGUCAAAUUAUUUACUGGGAUGAAUACAUUACAAAAGAAAUUACGAAAUACUCGGCAAGCAGCCAGAAAAAUUACAGCGCUUAGAAAAAGAGGAAGACCACGGAAACUUUGAUUGCUUUCAAUGUGUUAUACUAUUAAAAUAUGCAGCCUUUAUGUUAAGUAACAUCACUGUAGUAUUGUCGAUAUUCUUCUAUUGAAUUGUCCUUUGAAAUGUAUGUAACAUAAUAUUCCUAUACUUGGAAUAUUUAUAUAAUAUAUCUUUUUCUAGGACAACAUUAAAACAUUGUAAUUUUAAAUAAAUCAGUGGAUGUUGGCAUUAGCGUAAAUGUACCAAUA